AUGUUGUGGAUGAUGCAUGGUCUGUCGGCUUGUCUACUCGUCUCAUGGUCUUUGGCUGUGAAGCCGGCGGAAGCUUUUUCUUGGACAAAGCCGCGAUUGCCAACCCAGGAACCUGACAUUGAAGGGGGUACAGCGAGUUCCUCGAUUGUUUCUGCCGAGCUGGCCUUAAGCGGUUUGAAGCCAGAUGAGGUGGAGAUCCUCUUUCUCCGCACCAACGCGUUGGACGACUAUGCUCGCAAACCCGACUGUUUCAAGCGGGCCGCAGGUCUCGUGCGCAGCCGGUGCGGGGAGGCUGAUAUGGACGAGCAUGAGCGGGUCAAAGUCUCGACGGCGCGACAUCACUCUGUACCGAUGGAGUGCCAGGUGUUCGGAUCAGGCGCCGCGUCCAUAACUGAAAGUAACCCAGAAGAUUGCGUGGAGAACGACGAUGUUGUUCACGCGAUGAUACCAGAGCCCUGUCCCGGAGUGCGCAAUUUUGGUCAAGUUACUCUGGAUAUCUUCGUGAAGUCCACGAAGCAGUUAUUGACCAACAUACAAAAGCGCAAUUGUGUUACGCGUUCCGACGGUGGAACGACAUCGGCACCAAUGAUCUCAGACACGGCCAAAGAUAUCUAUAGAAAUGCGACCUUGGAAAAGAUGGCUCUAAUUCGCUUCAUGGCAAACCGUGAGAAGACCUUGGAUCGGAGUCAGGAACAAUGGAAAGCCUUGGGAGAGGUAGGGACCCCUGCUUCAAGUAGCCUGCGGCAUACCGCGGCAAGCCUUGAUGGAGCGUCUCGAGAUGUUCUGAGAAUGAUGAAAGACACAUUUCAAGACAGUUCGAUGAUGCUCCACGCGUCCCUCGCGGAUGUAGAACACCGCAUGCAGACAGGCACGGCUCAAUAUAUGUCUCAGAUGGGGACGGCUGUCGACGCCAUCUCGGAGAGGCAUGCGCUCGCUUUGUCCGCGGUGAUGCAGUCUAUGGAGGUUACUCUCUCAUCUCGCCUCGAAGUUGUGUUCCUACCAUACAAACAGAGGAACGAAGAGAUGCUCGCGCUAACGGCCGUUAGCCAAUUGUCCGACGUAGCCAUCCACGCGGCAGAGCAUUUGGACGCAUAUUCUCAGCAGGCACAGGUUGCUCACGAAACGCAGAUCGAGGCUUCUCGCUCUGUCGCAGAGUUAUCUCAGGUAGUAAGACAGCUCACAACCACAGCGCACACCGAACUCGAGAGCAUCAACAAUACCGCUCUGGCACUGAGGGACGGUCUCCGCGCUUCUGACGCUGGCUGGAUCGACUCCAGUGUGCUUCCACUGAUAAGGAUGAUCCUCCACGUUGAUGCGGCUCACUUCGACGAUCUCACCCGGAUCCCGAUGUUCAAGAUUGGACUUGCCAUCUUCCGGAUCGCCUGCUACUUUUCGCAAUCAGCGUGGACUCCGCGAUCGCCUCUUCGGCGAGGAAACUUCGUGCACUUCGCCCUCACUUGCGACACGGCGGGCAGGGAAGAACGAGCACUCUCCUUUGGACGAUCUGAUUGGGCCGCUUCCUUCGUCGAUGGUGUCUGA